AUGCCGGCAUAUGAGGUGCUCGCUGUCUCUCCAGCCAUUAGCACGGCAACUGAAGGUGGAAAGACGCAAGAAAUUUUAUCACCAUCUGUGCCAGAUGCUUUUGUUGCUGCUGCAACUGACAGUUCACCUGCCAGCGGUUCCCGUCUUUGUGUGCUACUCCCAACGGAAGGAAUAAAGCCGGGCAAGUCUGGUGCUGCGUCUAAUGCCGAGAUCCCACGUGACGUGGAGUCAGUACACCCCAAAACUUCAGCAGCUACACUCUCGUGGACUGUUUCUGAAUCUGAGGAUAGGGAUUUGAAGUGGCUUGCAGAGGGUGAGCACGACAGCGUACGUACACCUCGUGGCUGCCGUUUGCUGCAGUCUUCACGACUUCCCGAAAGCACAUACUGCAGCGCAGAUUAUGAAGGCUCUGAGCCUGAGACGAAUGACACUGCAACUGAGAAUGGAAGCAACCGCGACAGCAUCCGCGUGCAGGUGUUUGAGAAGCUGCAGCAGCAGCGGGAGCAGCAGGAGUGGGAGGUUCAGCAGGCGCUGGAGCGGCAAGCAUCAAGUCUGCGGCAGCAGUUGGCUUCCUUGCGUCGGCAGCUGAAGGCUCAGCAACAAGAGUCUCUGCUGCAGCAGGAGUUACUGCAGCAGCGGGAGUCUGCAUUGCAGGCUGCAGCAGCAGAAGCCGCUCAGCUGCGGACUCGAGAGCAGCAGCUGCGGCAGGAGCGAGAGGCGCUGCGGCGGGCCCAUGCUGAACUCCAGACGGAAGUGCAGCAGGAGCAGCUGUCAGCAAGGUCACAGCGAGCCAGUGCUGCACUAGAGUGGGCAAAGAAGUUGACUCAAGAGCGAGAGACUUUUGCUGCGCAGCUGCAAGCGCUGCAGAGCUCUAAAGAGGCAUGUGCGGACUCUGCCAAAAAGCUGCACGAGGAGGUGCUGCUGCUAAGGCAGCAGCUCCGAGCAGCAGCAGCAAGCCAUCACUCUGUUGCUACCGCCAGCGGCGGCAGCAACAGGUCGCUGCACCAGCAAAUUCAGCAGCAGCAGCAGCAGCAGGGGAGUGGCAUUCGGGGCCAAUCUGACAAGCAGGCAGCGCCUGGCUUGGGAAUAAAUAAAGACAUGUCGCUGCCGCAGACACCCCGCGGCAGCAGCAGCGGCUUGCCCAUGCUGCCCCUUGCGUCUCCCCGCAUGCUGCGCAUGCAUUUGUCACAGCAGCAGCAGCAGCAGCGCCAGUCAUCCGAAAUACAAACGCCCCCCUCUCUAGCUGACGAGCUGCAGAGCACUGCGUUUUCCAGCAGCAACGGCUGCAGCAGCAACGGCCCUUCCGCGAAACAGCUGCAUGAACAGCAGCAGGCACAGAUGAUUGCAAAGGACUUCGUUGACCUUGAAGCGGGGCUUAACGGCAGCAGCAGCGCCGCAGCAUCAGACGAUUGCUGCACUAAACAACUGAACGCCUUCACACGGCUUCUUAUGUUUCUAUGGAGCCCCUUUUUAGAGUGCCCAAAGAGAAACAGGGCAAGACGCGAUUCUCUGUAG